AAAACAUCUAACUGCCUCCGAAGCUCUACGUCUAAUAUAAAACUGCCUUGAUAGAACUUCAUAUAACUCGGAACUGGUUAUUGACAGCGCAAUUGACACUUUUUGAACGGUGGGAUCAUCAUGAUAUCAUUUAAUGCAGACGAACGCACAAUGGUUUGAUCGUGAUUGUUCGAUAAAGUGGGGGAAUGAGGGGAUCAGGCUACGAACUUACGAAGGUAGUCAAUAGGGCGCGCUUUACACGUUAAUUCGGACACAAAGCCUCAGAAACUUGGCACAACUCUGUUCUAGACAUAAUUGACUCUAAUUGAUAUAAGCUUAUUCCUUCUCCCUGAGUUCAACAUGGCGGCAGCUUCUGAUAGCUCACCUGUCUUUGUUACGAUCUCGGCUCUGGAUGCUGGCCAUCUUUCUCUGCCAGAGCACAUGUUUGUGAGCGAUGCCGACCCAGUGAAGAAAAAUCUUGUUCCUUCUCUCUCAUUCCUCAUUCGGCACCCGUCUCCCGAUGGCAGUGUGGCCAAUCUUGUCUUUGACCUUGGUAUGAAGCGCGAUCUGGAGUAUUCUCCUGCGCAGAAAAAGCGUCUUGAAGUCUGGGAGCCGAUAUCAACUGACACCGACUGCGCUCAAAGCCUCCGCAAUGGCGUUGCUGGUGCCCCGGGAGCUCAAAGCGGCGUUCUUUUGGAUCCGACCAAGGAUAUUAACUAUAUAAUCAUUAGCCACGCUCACUUCGAUCAUAUAGGGACGCCAUCAGAUUUCCCCACUGCAACUUUUGCUGUGGGAUCUGGAACUCUGGACCUAUUCAAAAAUGGUGCCGGACCAUUAUGUUCUGGCGACUUCUAUAUUGACGAUGAGCUACCUGCGCUCCGCACCAUUGAGUUCCCACCGGUGUCUCGCACAGGCACUUAUGGAAACGAGCCAUAUGCUCCAAAGCACACGCCAGUACCGUCAAAUAGCCAAGUCAAGCCACCGGCCGCGGUGUCUUCAUGGUCAUGGAAACCUCUAGGCGAAUUUCCAAAUACCCUAGAUUUCUUUGGCGAUGGUAGUCUCUAUGUCAUUGACUCGCCCGGCCACAUUUAUGGGCAUGUGAACUUGCUCGCCCGUCUUGGUGAAAAAAGAUGGGUUUAUCUCGCUGCAGACUGCUGCCAUGACAGGCGCCUGAUCACGGGAGAAAAGAAUAUAGGACUGUAUGAUGACGGACGCGGUGGGCAGCGGAGUAUCCACGUCGAUACAGCAGAGGCACGGGGGACUUUGGAUAAAGUAGUAGCUUUUGCGAAGAGCCAAGAAGCUCAAGGCCACAAAGUGGAAAUUGUUCUGGCUCAUGACCCCGUAUGGCGGAAGGAGAAUGCGCAUGCGUGCUGGCCAGGAAAGAUGUAGUACUAGUAGUAGUGCAUGGUAGUAGCAAGCAAGCAAGGUUAUCCAUCGGUUACCCAAGUUACUUGUUUUCCUAUACUUACAUUUCCGUUUCAUGUAUACAACUGUGCCUUUAGUAUAGAAAAUUUGUCAAGGAAGCUGACAUGUGAACGUGAAGCUUCCCGC